AUGGAAGGGCCUUCAGGAAACUCAGUUUCAAGCCAGCCUUUGAUAGGAAGACUCACAAGAAGUAUAAUACCCAACAAAUUACAGAAGAGAAGAGAGAUCCAGGUUUCCCUGAGGAACAUCAAGGCCAAAGAUAGAACUAGUGUUACUUCCAGAGAUUCUCGGAGGAUGACCAGUAACAUCUUUCCAAAGCCUGUAACCAUAAUAACUUCAUACCCUGAGAAUAAAACAAGGUACAGCAGAGAGGAAGCUAAGCUGAAGAAACCUAAGCAGCUAUGUGCAUUUGGCAGACUGCAGAACUAUCAAGUUGAAAGCAGUAAAGAGGACCUAUCAUGUCCAUUGAAGCUUACAAACCCUGUGGAAAGAAUUGCACUGGGAAUACAGGAUGAAACCAACAACCAAAGUGGUGUUAAGGAUCAGUUCACUCCUGGAGAAGUCACCUCUGUCCAAUCCUUAAGCUUGGAAAAUACUGGACAAGUGGCUCUUCAGCAAUCACCUUCUUUCUCCAGUCAAGGGGUAACAAUGCCACAGCCCCUUCAUUUGUUACCAUCUUACUUCAUGCAAAAGGUAACUAUUACAGACAUCCAGAGACAGACCGGGGAGGUACAGAAAGCCAGGAAGAGACUGGCAGAUGCCUUGGAGGCAGACAGGCUUGCCAGGCAGGUAGAGAAGAUGGGGGAGCAAAGAUGA